AUGAGGACCGUCACCCGCUUCCACGUCCUCGUGUUUUUUGCCGUCUGCACCAUCGCGUAUAUCGGCUGGGUCUUGCCGUCUCUGCAGGUCCAGAGCCGCGUGCAGAAGGCCAUCUCGGGGUCGCAGCGGCGCAUUGUUGUCUUCGGCGACAGCUGGUCGGACGUGGGCACCUACCACAUCGACAUUCCAGCAAAGAAUCCGCAGCACAACAUCAGCCGCCCCUUGUGGACUGAGGCCUUGUGCAAAGAGCUCCUGUGCGACGACAUCAACAAUUUCGCCCGCUCGUCGGGCGCGUCCAACUUCUUUGAACAACCGGAUGCUGUCUUGGACACGGAGAUUCUGGCCAAUGUCACGAACCAGCAUCCCGAGAACCACAAGUUCCUUGCCGACCUGAAGAAACAGGUCCAGCAGUGGAUCAGCUUCGAGAAGCAGAGUGGUGUCAUCGCCAGCCGCGCCCAAAAUAAGGAAUGGACCGUUUUCACCGUCUUCUUUGGCAUCAGCGACAUCUGGCAGUACACCUUCCAGGACAACAAAGCCAGCGACGACGACAUCAAUGAGACCAUGGCCUCCUUGUUCGCCCAGCUUGACGUAAUCGCGCAGCACACGCAAACUCGCCCGCACAUCGUGUUGCCCAAGGUCAUUGACAUCUCGUUCCUGCCGGCGUUUGCACAGCAGCCCAUCGAAUUCCCGGAUCGGCAGCAGUCGGCCGUGUCACUGACCGAGAAGUGGAACAACGCGCUCGAGAAGGCCGCCCGCGACUGGACGGGCGGCUACGUCCACCUGCUGGAGACGGACAAGUGGCUGCUGAAGAUGAUCCGCGAGCAGCAGAUGAACAAGAUUGGCAUCGCCGACGAGCGCGGUGAGGGCAAGGGCAAUCCCCGGUUCAGCGAGGUCAGGAGCCCGUGCGUGCCGUUGCCGCAUGUCGGGGCCCAGUUCCCGUUUGACAUGAGCGACACGGCCAGCAAUCGGACGGAGCCCUGCGAGGACGAGUCUCACUAUCUGUUUUGGGACGGCAUGCACCUGUCCGGCAGGGCGCACAAGCUGUUGGCCAUCGAGGCGGCCGAUCUGGUCGCCACCAACUACACCUUCAACCUCAACGCGCUCCGCAAGCACGAUCUCGAGCAAGAGGAGGCGGCGAGCCGGGCCAAGGAAGAGAAUGAGACCGGCUCGACUAAGUAG